GUACUCUGUAUAGUACUCUGUAUAGUACUCUGUAUAGUACUCUGGACGUCCGUAUACUCCCAAGGCGCUACCCGAAGUCGCCUCUGUUGCGCACCCGCUGCAUCGACAAUUCGAUCCACCGCCCGCCCGCUGCUAACUCUUGCUUGAAAUCCCCACCAUCCGUCCCGUCUACGAUAAUAGGCAUCUAUUACAGCGAUCCCUAUCAAUUACUGCUGGCGCAGGCAGGCGGAGAUCCGAUUCAUAGCUCCCCCCGCAAAUUCUCCGGCCUGUAACAUCCCGCGCAACGUUCCCCGCGCCUCCGCCUCCGAUACUCGACCUGAUAAGUUUUCCCCCGCGCCUGUGAAACCAACCUAUCGACCUUUGGAAGCGGCUACAAUUCUGGAUGAGAUGCAGCAUCUGAUCUGCUGAGUCGACGCCGUGGUCGCUCAAGCGCACACUUUGCCAGCUCUAUCAGAUCUAGCGUUGACUUGUAUGCCUUCGCUGUGAGUUUGGCUACUUUCUUGGUUUGUAAAUGUAGACGGGUAAAGGACCCUUAUGUCAGGACCCUUCUUACACAUACGCACCGGGAGAGCUUUUAUCACCUUUGAUAAUUUUAAAUACCCGUCCCAGCGACACAGAUAAUGACUUCGAUUGUUGCCCAACCGAUCCAGAUCCACCCCGCAAACGUGACCCAGUCGUCCGUGGUAAUGGACAUACCGCUGGAGUCUCCUCUGGUGCUAUCGAAGAUCAAAACGGAAAGCGAAAAACCGAGGGGAAGGCGGCGAAGCCGGACUCAGAUUACGUCGAAAGAUAGUAAUGGAUACGACUCCGGAGCUGAUGGCGAUGAAGGACAGUCGUCCGGCGGUGAUGGAACUGAUGGGCCUGAAGGUGCCAGGAAGAGACGACGAAGCCGAAAAGGCCUUGACAAGAAAUUUGAGUGCCCCCAAGGCGGAUGCGGUAAAAGCUACUCCAGGGCAGAGCAUCUCUAUCGUCACCAACUGAACCAUACCCCAAAGCAGAUAUACAGCUGUGAUUUUCCGGAUUGUGACCGCACGUUUGUCCGCCAGGAUCUAUGCAACCGCCACAAAGAACGCCAUACCGCCAAAGGGUCACAGCUGCAGAGGAAGGAUGCCAUGCUGAGCAACGUUUCGCCAAUAACAAGCAACAACACAAAUAUGGCCUUCAAAGGCUCCAUGUCCCCUGAAGUCGGACGGCCUGGUAGCAGCGGCUUCAAGCCAAGGACUGCACAAGCGCCAUAUCAGUCCCCUGUGGAAACCUUGCCGGGUCCAUUCUCUCCUGUUGGCGCCCAUACCUCGUCGGCAUAUCUUCGUUCAGGGUCACUAUCAGCUACUGUCGACCCCAGCAAUGUAUACCCCCCAGCGGGUAGCCCUUACAGCAUCCAGUCCGCUCAUGGUCUCAAUGCGGGCUCGAUGCAGCAAAAUGCAACCGGGCAAGGGCGCCAUACGGGAAUCGGUGGAGCAGAUGGCAACAUCCAAGAUAAUACUUUAUACGGGAGACAAUCUCAGCAUUCGACGAACCCUGGCUUUGAUUCUCUCUCCCCGAACCAACGGCAACAAUCAUACGUAAACAAUCAUAACAACGGAAUGCAGGUACCCAUGCAACCAUAUGUCAACGCCCAGAAUUUUACUCCGUUCUCUUUACCGCCACCGGGCUUCUCACCUGUGGCUGCACCAGCGUCAACGACGACAUCACGGGAUACUGAAUCCUCAUAUGUCAUCUCGCCACCACAGACUUCUAUGUCGAUCAACUACCAAGGCCGUGAUACUAGUCAUCCACAACAAUCGGGGCCUGAUAUGAUGCUGCUAGACCAGAUGGCUGCCGUAAACACUAUGCCCGUGUUUGGUGGAGAAGGUUAUAACAGGUCUCCUUUUGCAAUUCCGGAUGACUUUGUUGCCUUCCUAUUCAGCGGACAGCACCUUGACAAUUCAUCGCCAAUGUCAAAUCCGGCGCUUGGGACGCAAGGCUACUCAUCAAACUAUCCCGAUGCCCAGAACCAAUAUCAACCGUAUUUUGCAAAUGAGAUUAACCUCGGUGGUUACUUUCCGCAGAAUCCACAGCACCCAAUGGCUGUCACAAGUCUGCUAGAUACGUCUACUCCAGAGAUGAUAUUGUCAGAAGACAAGAGCCAAGAGAUUAUCGAUCUGAUCAAGGAGAGGUUCAACGAGACGGACCACGCACCCGUUGCAAAGCAAAAGGAAGCACUACUUGACGGCGACCGCACCAAUGAUUCUCAUAUGAUGAGCAGGAAGAUGAUGCAAACCUAUAUAGGAAGCUUCUGGUGGCAUUUCCAUCCUCAGUUGCCAAUCUUGCAUAAACCCACAUUUUCUCCUGAAAGGACUCCAAACCUUCUUCUCAUUGCAAUGAUGGCCAUCGGCGCGUCUUGCCUUGGUAAGAUGCACGGGUAUCAUAUCACCCAGUCCGGUGCUGAGCUUGCAAACUUUCUUGCUUGGCACUUGAGAUGGGAGAUAUUCAGUGAUGUCCACUUUCGACCUCCAGCGAAACUAUGGGUAUUCCAAGCACUACUUCUCCUCGAGAUUUAUGAGAAAAUGUACUCCACCCGAGCGCUCCAUGAGCGCGCACAUAUACACCAUGCAACUACCAUCACAUUGAUGCGGAGAGGCAGUUCGUUGAUAGGAAGAUCUGCAUUAGAUUCUCCGCCGAGCGUGAGAGAUGAGAAGCAAGGUCACAAUGACUCUAUACAAUCGUCGGCUUCAGGGGCAAAUACACCAGAUGAAUGGUGGAACCACUGGGUCACAAAUGAAGCGACCCGCCGGGCGGCUUUUGCUGCCUUUGUGAUUGACUCUGUACAUGCUACUAUGUUUGGGCAUUCAACAGUUAUGGUUGCCCAUGAAAUGCGACUCCCGCUACCAUGCGACGAGGCACUCUGGUCAGCAACGAAUAGCGCCGAAGUUGGCAGAAUCGAGGCAAGCCUCCACGCCAAUGGCGUCAAGCCUGUAUCAUUCCUCGAAGGCCUGAAGAGGACACUAAACGCGCAGGAAGUGCGAACAAACGCCUUUGGACGAAGCAUUUUGAUGGCAGGAUUGCUAAGCGUGAGCUGGCACAUGAACCAGAGAGACCUCCAGGUCAAUUCGCUAGGGGUGUCCCAGGUGCUCGGAGGACGUGAUAAGUGGAGAGGCUCCCUGACACGAGCCUUUGAUCUAUGGAAGCAAGAUUUCGACAGGUCGUUGGCCCACAAUACGGAAACCAAUUCGGCCCCCUAUACGUACUCCAGCAAGCAGGAUGAAGAUACCGUCUUCGAAAGUAGAACGGUACUUCAUCAUCUAGCACACAUGGCUAUGCAUGUUGACAUCGUCGAUUGUCAAAUAUUUGCACGAGCAAAACGACUACUCGGCCGCACUAUUGGCACUCAAGAUCUCAAAUCUACACAACGAAAAAUGAAGGACAUCUGGGCUCCAACGGCCAAGGCUCGGGACGCUACAUAUUAUGCCAUUCGGUUCUUAUGCACAGUACUGUUACCGGAAGACACUUCAUCUGGUAUGCAGAUGUAUGACCAGGCCGACAUCGAUUUCGACUAUUCAGCCCGCGAUGAUGUUCUCAUGAACCGCUCAUGGGUCCUUUACUUUGCUGCCUUGAUCGUAUGGUGUUACGCCUUUGCCUUGGAAGGUCCCACGCACGAGGAGAUACCAUUAGCGGGCGCAUUCCAAGACCAGGUCUUCGACAUGCGUGUCUAUCUCAGGAGACUGAGCAACGUCAAGUCCCCCGAGGAGCUCAAGUCCGUCAGCAACCUCAAUGGCUGCACCGGCAUGCUCAUGGUUCUCCGCCACACGUUUGAGAAGACCCGCUGGGAGCUCCUUCACGAAGCUGCGAACCUCUUGACAAAUUGCAUCCAGCUGAUCAGCACCAACAGCGCUUAAAAUUCUACUAUACAUAUACGUACAUAUGGAGAGGGUGGUGGAUCAUUUUCAUAUUUUGCAUUGGUUUGCGGGCGUCCUGUUUUUAUACACUAUAAAUUUGACCUCGUAUCUAUGGGCAUGUGGAUACAAAAAUGGUCGGUCGGUGGUCGGUGGUUACCAAACUACAAGCAUGGCCGCUGGAUGGAUGUUUUUGAGGCGGACGUUUUUUGGUGUAGGGUAUGGUGACCCAGAUUGGUGAUUGACCGACCCAGUUUGGUGAUCGACGAAAUGCGUCAAGAAAUAUUUCUAUAGUUACCGUCAGCAAACACUAGCUGUCAUGCAUAGUUUUACUUCACCUUUUUGGCAGGUCCGUGUAAAGUUCAAUGGUAAAGUUGUACUUUGAGCUAUAAUGCUUUGAAGCUUAGAUUUCCACAUAAUAGGGCCUUUAGCUAGGUAAAAUAUAUGGG